AUGCCCUUCUUCAAGAAUGUCUUCAAGUCGAAAGAUGGGUCGCGUUCGGCCUCCAAGGCAGGAAAGUACGGCGACGAGCAGCCUGUCGCACCGCCCAAGCCUCGCUGGGAAGACGCAUGGUCGCGCAAAGAUGUCGCGCCAGAAGAGAUACAAGAACUGGUACACGUCUGCACGCAAGAGAUGAAGUCACGAGCCCUGGAUAUGCCCUUUAUGCUCCUCCCCUUCCGCCCUACGUCCGACACCAGCGCCUCCCGCAACUUUGUGCGCAACUUCUUCAAGGCCGCCUAUGACGGUACACGGCAAUACAGCGCCGAGGGUCUAGCCCAAGAACUACGUCUUACUGAGCCAUUGACACUAUGCAGUAUCAUGAAAUGGUGCUGGAGCAGACUUCCAGGCGGCGUCGUAACGUGGGACGCGUACGAACUCUUCCGCAUCGGAGAGUCUGAUUCCAACUUCGCUCGACAUGCUUUCGACACUUUUAUCCCUAUCAGCGUCGAGUCAGAUGCUCGCAAACACAUCAUUUUCGAUUUCUUCGAUCUACUGUCUGCCGUAGCAGCAAGAGGAAAAAGCAAUGGCAUGGGUGGCAGGAAACUCUCCCGUUUAGCGGGAUGGUGGGCAUUCGAGUUCGCCGAAGAUGGAAAAGGCUUCGACGGGGGCUAUCGCACGUGGGAGAAGGCUGCCGAUGCAGCGAGCCAUCUCUUCUUUGCCUACCUACGAUCGUUAUCUCCGGACCUAAACACGAUUGGCGGCAUUUCUACCCUUCCUCGGUCUCUGCUAGCGCUACUGUCCCAAACGGAAUACCCUCCGCAGACGCCGACUUUGAUGCAGACGCGCACAACCAAGGUGGUUAUGAUUGUAGAUUCUGUCUCACCCACACCGUUCUCGUUGUUGCGCCGCGCAAAGCAUUUUGAAUAUCGAGAUGACGAUGCAGCGCUACAGCAAUUCUCCGCAUACGAGGAUACUGUGAAAGCAUUGACGGACGAAUGUCGUAGAGUACUCGAAUGCAUAGCAACCACCAACCAAUCGGUUGUGGCACAAGAAGCCAGGACACCAGAUCCAUCCUGGUCCAGGUUCGAGGACUUUGGUUUCUCUGGAAUUCUCGAUAGCUCUGCAAGUAGCACCAAUGGGACAUCGCUUGCUGGCAGUCCGCGGGAGUUUUCCAACUUUCGAUCUGGAGCGCGUUCGAAGAAUACCGACUUUGGCCGCCCUACUACCCCUUCGUGGGCGGACUUUCUCUCCUCUGGAUUCGCCGACGAGGGUAACACUACCUCGCCAACAACCCUGCUACUACCAACGCAAAAGCUCCCUCCACUCGGUGAGACAGCUCGCGUACACAGCUCUCAGUCGCAUGUGCGGAAUGGUCUAGUUGACGAGGAUCUUGAGCCGGGUGAGCUUGCAAGCAUCACCCAGUUCGACCUUGACGAGACGUUCUGGUGGGUGUGGAUGAUCAGUCUAGCCAGCGAGGAAACCACGGAUCGCAAGGCUGCUUUUGGCAGAUGUACAUUGAUCGAAACCCGGAUACCUGGCGCAAAAUGGCUUGUGAUGGAAGAACAGGUCAAGGGCGCUUCUCCUGGGCCGGAAGAAGGCGCAUACAUUGCAGAGAAGAAGUCCAAAUUCAGCUUUACAAGGCGCGGUCGACUAGGGCGCCGGAAGUCGACCGGGAAGAAGCCGACUCCUCCAUCAAAGGAGCCCUACAAUCGCACCACUUCAAACACGCCUAUGAGUAAAACUAGCUUUGGUCCAGAUCAGCACGCGAGGAUCCAGGCCGCAGCCGCAAAACUGGCGCAAAACGAGAGGGAUCAGAAGGAGGCGGAUCAAUUCGCGCAGCGUCGGGGGCGUGUCGACGAUACGACUUCUAUCAAAACGAACAGCGUGCUGACGUUGCAACCACACCUACUGAGCGAGGCUGGCCCAGCCAUGAAGUGGGACAAGAGGUUCGGUGAAGCUGCAAUGGAUAAAGAUGCGCUCCGCGCGCAAUAUCUCGGAGAUGUGAGCGCUGGUAAAGGGUCGAGAGAUAAUCUAUUGGCUACUGCUAAUGGUCGCGCGUCACCUCUACCUCCGGAGGUAACAAAUCGCGACCUACCAGCACUGCCAGCAUCCGAGAUGCAUGCACCUAGUACGAAGAGAGGAGAUUCACGCUCUCCUGCUCGUGUUGCGACCAACACCACACCGCCUGCAGAAGCUUCAUCUGCAACGCGAGUGCCUUGGCCCAACGACUCUCCCCCACAUAGCUCACUUGGUGAAGAGAAACCUUUCGCUACGCCACUUCCUGAGGACAAAUCCCUUCUUUCGACAGAGACUGGCGUCCAGCAUCCUGCGUUGAGGAAGGCUGUGCCCGAGCGAAGGCCUGUCGUUGCUCCUCAAACCACCAAUCACGCCACGGAAGAGCCGACUCGGGCGCCCGAGAAGAAGUCACCGCCAAAUAAGCUCAAGAAGAAAGAAGGCGGAGGGUUCAGGAAACUUUUCGGCAGGAAGAAGACCGAGGCCCCCACGCCCGCACCUGCACCUGUGGAGACAGUACAUCCUUCGGAACCCGAGGGUGACUCUUAUUUCCAAGCGUCGGAUGCGGUCCGUAGUACGUCUCGAUUUGAGAAUCACGAAGCCCCAGUACGAGAGCCAUCACCAGCAUACAGUGUCGAGAAGCCCGAGUCUCUCAGAGCGCCCGAGCCAAGGUUUGAGCACAGUCCUGCCAAUUCUUCUCCUGUCUAUCAGGAUUCCCGCGGGCCUACCCCCCCUAUUGGACCCGGCAGUGCUGCGACGCAACAAGAAAUCGACCAAGCAUUCUCGCGGUUUGAUCAAGGUCCAAUGGAAGAUAUGCCAGCAUUCGUUCCAGAUGAUAGCGACGACGAGGCACCCGUCGUUUCUCGUCGACAAAUGCCACAGUAUGUAGAGCAGCCAGGCCCUGUUACGCCGAUACAGCGAGUUGCGCAACAUAGAGACGAUAUAUCUGAGGAGUCUAUCGACCUUACCAAGCAAGCAUCGCCUUCGCAGGAUCGGUGGGCUCAAAUCAGGAAAAAUGCAGCAGAUCGCGCGGCGAGGCUUAGCGAAGAGCAAUCCCGUCGUAGCCGGAGCCAAAGUCAGAGCCAACGUACAGAUGAAGGGGAGACGAGCGGCGAAGAGACGAUUGAGAGCCGCGUUGCUCGUAUCAAGGCUCGCGUUGCUGAACUGACGGGCAAUGUCGAGGGGCAGCCGUCCAGAGACAGUGCUGGAAGGCAUUACUAG